AUGCAGAGGAUCCCAAGCUACACUGGUCAGUAUUGCGAGGUGAAUCCAGACGACUGCGCAGGACAUCCGUGUCUCAACGGAGGCACCUGCCAGGAUGGUAUUGGGUCAUACACCUGCCAUUGCAUCCAAGGCUGGACAGGGCUUCUUUGCCACUUGCCUGAUGCCUGCCUCAGCAAUCCGUGCCAUCCUGAUGCCCACUGUGACACGGACCUCCAGACUGGUCAUGCCAUCUGCACAUGCCAUCUGGGUUAUGCUGGAGCUCUGUGCUACGAAGACAUUGACGAGUGCCGGAUGGGGAGCAACCCAUGCGAACACAGAGGAAGCUGCUACAAUACGCCCGGCUCGUUCACCUGCUCCUGCCUCAGGGGUUACACAGGCUCCAGGUGCGAAUCUAACCUCAACGAGUGCCUCAGCCAGCCUUGUCAAAACGGGGCUUCCUGCUUGGACCUGCUGGACCGUUUCCAAUGCCUCUGCCCAUCCGGGUUCAGCGGGCUGUUCUGCGAAGUUGAAGAGUGUCUCCAAGGCCGCUGCCUCAACGGGGGAACCUGUGUACUCCAGAGCUAUGGCUUCGCCUGCCUGUGUCCUCCUGGUUUCGAAGGACUUCGGUGCGAGAGAGAUGCUGAUUUCUGUCACGGUGACCCUUGCCAGCAUGGAACCUGUGUGAAUGUCCCCGGCUCCUUCACCUGCGUUUGUGCUCCGGGAUUCACAGGACCCCUCUGCAAGGAAUUCAGUGACCCUUGUUGGGAGUUUCAGUGUCUUCAUGGAGGCAGUUGUCGCGGAACAGAAUCCGGGCCAAUUUGUAUAUGUUCACCUGGAUGGACCGGCCAGAAGUGCGACACAGAGGUGGAUGCCUGCAAUGCCAGCCCAUGCCACCAGAGGGCUACUUGCUUGAGCCGCCAGGGAGCCUUCCAGUGCGUCUGUCCCAGCGGCUACGUAGGGGCAGCGUGCGAUGCAGAGGUGGACGAAUGUUCUUCCAGCCCCUGUUUGAAUUCUGGAACUUGCCUUAACAGCCCUGGUAGUUUUCACUGCCUCUGCCCCAGAGGCUAUUCAGGACUCAAAUGUCAGGUUACCCUGGACCUUUGCUCGGACUAUCCCUGCAAGAAUGGAGGCCAAUGCAGAGUGAAGGAAUCUGCACCCCACUGUUUCUGCCCUCCAGGAUGGGGUGGCCCCCAAUGCCAACAGAGGGCCAAUCAGAACAGAGACAACUGCACGGACCGGACCGCAGAAGCUGGUUGCCAGUGCCCGCCGACACAAAAGUGCCUAAAUGGAGGAAGCUGUACCAAGAUGACAGACGGUUUUCAAUGCUUAUGUCCGCCAGGAACAAAAGGACCCAAUUGUCACCUGGAUCCCUGCUCUCUAGCCAGCCCCCCCUGCUACUAUGGCGGGACCUGCAUGGCUCAGCCUGAGGGGUUUUUGUGCAUCUGCCCCCCUGGAUAUGUGGGAGAGAGGUGUCAGGGGGUGGUGGAUGCCUGCUUCUCCCAGCCUUGCCACCGGCCCGGGUCCCAGAGCUGCCAAUCUGAUGAACAUGGUUUCCAUUGUCUCUGCAACCCUGGAUAUUCAGGACGUAUGUGUGAAUCUUUGAUUGACAGUUGCCAAUCAAAUCCUUGCCUUAAUGGUGGAAGCUGCAGCGUGCUGCCCGAGAACUCUCUUGAAUUCAUCUGCCAUUGUCCACAGGGUUACGAUGGAUCGACUUGUGAUCUGCCCGCACCACCGUGUGGGUCCUCCUACUGUCACAAUGGAGGCACUUGCGUUGCCCGCCCGUCUGGACCUCGAUGUCUCUGCAAGGAAGGCUUCUCUGGGCUUGACUGCCACCAGCCUCCAUGUUCCUCAGCCCCCUGCCCUGCUGCCAAUGCCACCAUGCUCUCCAGGUGCCCAUCCUUGGCAGGAGAUGCCCACUGUGACCGGAUCUGCAGCUCUCCGGAGACCAGCUGGGAUGGGGGAGACUGUGCCCUGGGGUUGCUCGAUCCUUGGAAGAACUGCCUGAAGCGGGACCUCUGCCAGCGGGUUUUCCGAGAUGGGCACUGCCAGCCCCCCUGUGACAACGAGGAGUGCCUGUACGAUGGAUUUGACUGCGCCCCACAGAAGGAGUGCAACCCUUCCUACGCGCGAUAUUGUUGGGACCGCUUCUCGGACGGACACUGCGACAGAGGCUGCCGCUCGGCAUCCUGUGGUUGGGAUGGUGGGGACUGCGCCUCUUCUGUUCCACCGGCAGAGUCCGCGUUGGCGCUGGUGGUCCUGCUUUCCCGGGAGAGCGUGGCGGAGCUCCUGCGUUCCCUGGUCGUCGCUACGCGGGCAGAGCUACGAAUUCAGCGGGACCGUCAGCAGCGGGAGCGGAUUUACCCUUACACAGGGAAGGAAGAGCUGGGGAGCCAGAGCAACUGGACAGGGAUUCGGACGAAAGAUUUAGCAGAGACCGUCGGGUAUACCAUCUUUCUGCUUGUGGAGGGGAGCUCAUGUCAAGGGCAGUGCCCCACCUCUGCCAUGUCUGCCCUGAACCUUUUGGGCUCAUUGAUGGCCAAAGAGAUUUUGUCAUCCCUGAUCCCGCACCAAGUGGUAGCAGCCUGGCUUGAAGCUGUCAAAAAUGAUCCGGAGGCCUCCAUCUCCCGUUUUUCCGGGCCCCUCAUUUAUUGCGUGGGUGUUGGGGCGCUCGUGCUGGCUCUGGCGAUCUUUAUCGGGGUGUGGAGGAUCCGUCGAGCUCAGCAUCGGGAGCACGGAUCUCUUUGGCUCCCGCCAGGAUUUGCACCACGCCAAGGCAAGAAGCGUCGUCGCUGUCGGAGGGAUCCGGUGGGUGAAGAUGCGAUCAGACUGAAGCCAACGAAACUCAGUACCGAAUUUGUAGAAGAUCACGACACCUUCUCCAACCCCCAUUUCGACGAGUCUUUGAACCCCAAAGAUGUAAAGGAGGAUCUUGAUUCCGUCCGUAUCUCAGAUCAAGGCCCCGUGAGACCGAAAACACAGACGUUGGGUAAUGUCUCGGUCCCAAACCUGAGGAAGGAUACCAGGCAAAAAGCAGGCAGAAAUCAAGAGCCAGUUUGUGGCCUGACUCCACCAAUGUCCUUGGCGUGUUCUUCGGGGUUGAAGAUGGAGAGUUCUUGGACAGACAAGCAAAUGGAGAACUUGAGAGAGACGCCUCUUCACUUAGCAGCAAGAUACUCUCGCGCAGAUGCUGCCCGCAGACUCCUGACAGCUGGAGCUGAUGUUAACGCCCGGGACCAGUGGGGACGGACCCCCUUGCACAGUGCCAUAGCAGCUGAUGCUUUGGGGGUAUUUCAGAUCCUUCUCCGGCAGAGACAGACAGACCUGGAUGCUUCGGCAGAGGAUGGCACCACCCCUCUCAUUCUUGCCACACGGCUUGGGGUCGAAAACAUGGUGGAAGAGCUGGUGGCCAACCACGCCGACCUCCAUGCCAUAGAUAAGAGAGGGAAAAGUGCUCUCCACUGGGCUGCAGCAGUCAACAACCUCCGGGCCACUCUCAUUCUGCUCAGGAACGGAGCUGACAAGGACAUUCUAGACAAUCAGGCCCAGACCCCACUGUUUCUGGCUGCCCGGGAAGGAAGCUAUCAAGUGGCGUCUCUUCUUCUGCAACAGGGUGCCAAGCAGAACCUCCAGAACCAUAUGGGUCGUCUCCCCAAAGAUGUGGCACUUGAGCGUCUGCACCACGAUAUCCUCUCUCUGCUGGACAGGCCCUGCCUUCCUCCUGGGACUGGCCAACUUUCACCACACAGGCCCCGCCCACAGCCUUCAUCCAAAUUGCACAGAUGGCCACACCCACCCAAGGCCUCCCAGCUCACUCCUGUUCCAGAGAACGAGGGACCUUUUAAGGAUGCUAGCCCAUCAGAAGAGGCCAUGGGGCAGACGGUGGAGUGA